GCAAGAUGGCGGGGACUCCUGUCGAGGUGGCGUCUCUUCCUCAGCCGGGACGAUGCGCCUAUUUCGUGGAGCGGAAGAAGCGCUUUUGCAAGAUGGUCCCGGCCCAGGGCAGGCGCUUCUGUGGCGAGCACAGCGCUGAAGAGGUAGUAGGGGAGAGCUAGGCAAGCCCGCUGGACCGAACGAGCCGUUUCGUUUGUAAAAUAAGGCUCCGCUGGGUUUUGUUUCUAGGAGCUUCCAGUUUAUCUUUUCUGACAUAGUCAGAGGGAGGAAGGCUAGGAGACGCACCUUGAUAAGGAAGAACAUAAAAGGAAAAGAAUUCCUUGUCCUUUGGAUCCAAAACAGUAAGCAAAGCAAGAAUAGUUUGUGUGGUAUUUUUUUAAAAGAACAAUGGACAGCAUUUCUAGUUUGUUCAUUUUUAAUUUUAGCACUGUGUAUGAAGACCAGCUACAAAAACAUUUGAAAAAGUGUAAUUCAAGAGAGAAGCCAAAGCCUGUCUACUUUGCUAAAGAUAUUAAUGCAGGACUGAAAAAUGAAACAGAACUGCCUGAAGAACAGGCACCAAUUUCUGCACUUUCUAAACAAGAACUAGAGAACUUAAUUAGCAAGCUUAAAAAAGCAAGUAACGCUAUAAAUUAUGACCUUAAGGACCAAAUUCUUUCCCAUCAAGCCUUACAAGAAGCCCUAAAUGAUCCUCAAAAUGGAGAGGCAGCUUUUAAACAUUUGAAGCAACAGGCUUCUAUAUUAGGUAACAUGAAAAGAUUGCAUUUGCUUGGACCAGGGAACUGUUUUGUGGAAUUUGGAGCCGGACGGGGAAAACUGUCCCACUGGUUGGAUAUAGCUUUACAGGAUGCCCAAGAUGUUCAUUUUCUUCUUGUUGAAAGGGCAUCUACCAGGUUCAAGGUAGAUGGCAAACACAGAAAACAUUACUUUGAGAGGCUUCAAGUUGAUAUCCAGCAUUUAUCUUUAAGUAAAGUUCCACUUCUUGUGGAAGAGAACCCAUCUCUAAUAGGAAUUGGAAAGCAUCUGUGUGGUGCUGCAACAGAUCUUGCUCUGAGGUGCUUAGUUGACACCUAUGUGAAUUCACAUGCUGAAGAAAAGGAAGGCCCAGUCACUAAAUGCCUCAAAACUGAUUGUCCUGGCCAAAUACAUAGCAAGUGUGCAGCUGAAAACUGGAGCCCUAUAGCUGGAAUUGUUAUUGCACUUUGUUGUCAUCACAGAUGUGAGUGGAGGCAUUAUGUUGGCCAAGAUUUCUUUACAAGAGUAGGACUUGGCCCCAUAGAAUUUAAUUUUUUCAAAAGAAUGACCAGCUGGGCUACCUGUGGCAUGAGAGAAAGAAGAACAGAGACCAGCAGAAGUGGUAUACAAAAUAAAGGACAAAGAAACGUAGAUGAACAUGAUCAGGAUAAUAUAAAUACUGACUGCAGUUUGGAUAGUCUUCAAGGGCUGCUGACUGCUGAUGAACGAAAACAGAUAGGGUACCUUUGCAAACUGUUGAUUGAUCAUGGUCGGAUCGAGUACUUACAGCAGAGAGGAUAUGAAGCUGUGUUGCAGCGCUAUACAGACUCAAGUGUGUCAUUAGAAAAUAUUCUUCUGACAGCUGUUCCAUCUCAGUCUUCAUUAUCUUCCACAACAACUUAAAAGCUUCAAGAGAUCUUUCAGGAGUUUCACUGCUUCCAUGAUUUUUGCAAGUUUGUAACAUCCAGGAUUGUGUUUAACAAACUAGGGAUAGUUUACAGCGUCCUUUAGAUCACAAAAAAAGUACUAAUAAGUAGAUGGCUCAAAAUAUUUGUUACAAUAGAUCUAUAUUUUUAGUUUCUCUCUGCUCCAAAAAAUUAUAAUACUUAUCAGCUUGGUGCUAUUUUUCGUCUUCAGUCAGUGGUGUCAGUAGCACCUGAAAUAUCACUUUCCAUAUUUUCUGAAAGAGAAAUGAUAACAUUUGCCAAGAAAUGUACAUUUUUCAGAACUAUACCAACAUUUUAAAAGUUUUUUCCCCCAGUAUAUCUAUAUGAGGUUUUCAAAAGCAUUUUAAUCUAUAUUUUUACAAAAGAUUAAGGUAUCUAUCUAAACUGACCUAUGAACCCACUGUGGGCCAGCAUGAUGUUUUUCACAUUACUUAAUGGUUAUGCACCAGCAAGUGGAAUUUCCUGUGUUCUUUUUGCAUUGUCCAUUCUGCCCCUGCAAUUCUCUUAAAGAGAGGUUUUUCUCUAGUUCCGUAGCACAACAGGAAAGGAUUAAUCUCUCGAGAGUUCUGUGAUCUCAUAUAAACCAGGAUGUUUCAAAGAUCUGUUCAUUGCAGCGUGGUUCAUAUAACAUUAAAAUGAUGCAUUUUAGCGCUAAAGUGAGCAGUAUGAGGGCUCUGUUUCAUAUAUCAGAAUUAUUUAAUGUUCAAGGUAGGAUUGGGUACAUUUAAUAUUUUGGAUCUCAACUUUUAAACACUAUAAAAUGCCACAAUAUGUCAAGGAAAUUCUAGUUUUCCUUUAACAAUUCUUAAAUAUAUUGUAGGCCACAUUUGUCUGAUUCAAACCUUUUAAAAGAGAUUAUAUUCGGUUGUUAUUGUUUACUAUGAAGCUAUUUUGGCUUCAUGCUUUCUAUCCUCAAGGCCACUAUUGCUUGUCUAACAAACCAUCAUUAAAAACUGGUUUAAUGUGCAAACUCAGCUCUUGAAAAAUAGGGCACUCUCCUCACUUAGUCUAUUUAUUUUUAAGCAUAAACAAAUGGUACCUUCACCAUUGAGUGACUUCUGAAUAUAUAAAUGCAUGAACUGAAUUCCAUAGAGUUCUUGUUCCUCCUCUUCUUCGGGAUUCUCGCAAGGAGGAAGUGUAACUUGCAGCUUUAAUGGGUUAUCUCUGAAGUUGACAAAUCUAAUAUAUAUAGAAUAGAAUAGAACAGAAUAGAAUAGAACAGAACAGAACAGAACAACAGAGUUGGAAAGGACCUUGGAGGUCUUCUAGUCCAACCCCCUGCUUAGGCAAGAAACCCUACACCACUUCAGACAAAUGGUUCUCCAACAUUUUCUUAAAAACUUCCAGUGUUGGAACAUUUACAGCUUCUGGAGGCAAGUCAUUCCACUGAUUGAUCGUUCUAACUGUCAGGAAAUUUCUCCUUAGUUCUAAGUUGGUUUGAUAUAAUGGAAUUAAUGAACUAAUGUUCCUUAAAGUGGAAACACUUUCAAACUUAAUAAUUUGAUUUUUAGGUAAAAUAAUGUUAAUACAACCAUUACAAAGCCUCAGUGAAGGCAGUGUUAAUAUAUCAUGUUCAUUGGAAUCUAAGUUUCAUUUCACAUGGAAUACUGGUUUAGUGUUUAUCUCUGCAUUCAACUAAUCUCCCCCCCACUUCUCACUCCACAGUGAAAUAUGAGAAUCUGAUCUAGCCAUGUUGACUUUUAAACAUCACUGGGUUUUUUAAAAUAAGCUCUCAUUUUAAAUUAGAAUUUAGAUAAAAAUUGUAUGGUAGAGGUAUAGAUUCCAGAUUGUCACAGCUUGUUUUAACAAAACUUAAAGAUGACCACAAUAUAUCAAAUUCAGGGGAGAUUGUAAACUGUGAAUUCACUAAACAAAACCAUCUGAUCUCAUGGUUAUACCUAUGAGGAGAAAAUGUGGUUCAGUCAUAAUCAUUAUUUUCACGUUAACUAAAAUUCAGUACCAUAUGAAAUUAGAACCAUUGUAUCUUUAGCCCAAACACAGGUUUGGUAUAGGGGUUAAGGCAGCAGGCUAGAAACCAGGAGACCAUGAGUUCCUAUCCUGCCUUAAGCACAAAGCCAGCUUGUUAACUUUGAGCCAGUCACUUUCUCUCAGCCCUAGGAAGGAGGCAGUAGCAAACCACUUCCGAAAAACCUUGCCAAGAAAAGCAAAAGAUAAUUAAAAAUGUCUUAUGCUAUUACAGUUCUAGAUUUCCUUCAUCUCAGCUAUUUUCUAAUAGAUGCUGAGAAAUCUGUAUAUUGUCAUUGCUCCCUAGGAUAGUACAGUAUGUAAGUUCUCAGAUAUUGUGGAGAGAAUAGAGGUGAGAUUAAUAAUGCAUUCAGCAUAAUGCAGUUACUGUUAUGAGGGACGAAUCUGACAGUACUGCUGAAAAGAAGACUAAAAAUAUCAGCCAUGGGCAAUAAACCUGGUUACAUUUAUCUAGAGCACUUAAUUUUCCAACUGCAGCUAAGAGGGUUUUUUUCCCCUUACCUUAGGUUUGGCAUAUUCUUCAGACAAACAGGAAUAUCUUGCAGUUUGUUGCUGGUGAGAACAAAGGUAGUCAUAUUCUUAAGAUUAGAAAUGGAUUCAGGCAAACAGGUUAUUUCAUUCCUUUGGAGCCACAAAGUAUGUAGGUUUUCUGCUCUGUAAAGUCAAAAAGGUCUAUUAAUUAGAAAAACAACUGAAGUUUAUAUACAUUAGUUCGGCUUACUGUGGACAUUUCUCAUUUUGGCAGUAAACCUGGAGUGCAAAAGUAAAUUGUGAUAACCUUAAGCAAUUUGGAGUCCUAAAAGUCCUACUCCCUGCUAGAGAAUCAUACUUUUCUGCUUGCUAUUUAUGUUGGGUGGAGUUGACAGUACUUCAUAACCAUUCCAACUCCAUAAAAACUAUUAAUACAUCUGAUAAAUACUGCAGAUUUCCAGGGGGAAAAAAUAUGAAUAGCAGUCUUCAGCAAAAUAAUUGUUGUUUUAUCUGUUUAUCCUUCUCCAAAUGCAUUUUCUGUAAUUUCAACAGCAAUGAAUCAUAUAUUAUCAAAUAAAGAUCUCAACCUAGAAUGGCUGAUUUUAAAUUGAGCAUUAUCUAAAUUUUGGUAACCAUUAUAUUUGUCAACCUAACUUUCCCCAUCUGCUAAACAUCUGCAAAACUAUUUACUGAUAUAUUUUUUUUGACAAAAAAUGCUCAAAACUAUGACAUAAACUAAAAUGCUAUGGAAAUUAUUCAAAUCAAUCAAUUUCCAUGAUAAUUUUUGUGUUUGUUUGAAGUCAGUUAAAAGAAUGGGAUCCAAAUGGUAUACAUUUCAGUUUAUCUACUUAGAUUUUUAGAUCAUGUUUUUAAAAGCCUUUAUAUCUUACAACUGUUACAGGAUAUGUAUAAUUCAACUGCUUGCCUGAAUACUAUUGUAUUUGUUUCAUUAGGUAAGUAACAACCCUAACCUUUUGUUUUUGUCUAUGAAAUUAAAACUACAAGAUCUUUGAUAAUUAAAUCACAACGACAUGAA